AUGCACCGUGUACCAACAAGUCAAGAUCCAAAUUCAGCUGCGGAAAUUAUCGGGCGCAGCGCGGGCGCGGUGCCAGACCUGGGUGUGCAGCUCGACGUGUUCGACGAGCAGCGGGAGAGCGACGAGGCGCAGACUCUGCGGGGCCCGCACGGCGUCGACCUCAACUCGCACCUCGACGUCUUCUACGCCAUCCUCCGCCAGGUAUCGGACACUCCACAAGAGAUACCCUUCCUAAGCAUCCUCCAGCACCUGCUUCGCAUCGACCCGAAGGAGGCGGUCAGCGACAUCGUGUGGGACGCGGCGGAAACCUUGGUGCACCGUGCGACGCUUCUCGAAAACCGCCAAGACGCCAGCCGCCUUCUGCGCUCGCCGAGCCUGCAGGCAAAGCUGUGCUGCCAUUGUGCAUGCCAUCAACAUCGAAGUGGCACUUCAGGCCAGGAUCCAGGCUCACGAAAGCAAUCCCUUAGCGUCACCCCAGCUACCUCUCCACCACCUCCACCACCACCCCCUCCACCACCAGCUCCGGGGCCUCCGCCGCCCCCUCCACCUCCACCACUGGGGCCUACAAAGCUCAAUAACAUUGGCGCCCCCCUUCCCAGUAUGGGGGGACCACCCAUGCCACCUCCUCUCUUGCCACCACCAGACAUUCCACGUGCCUGCACCCCUGAGCCACCAGAUGUGACAGGCAAGCUACUCCCUCAACAAGAGACUCCAACCCCAAAGGCCAAAAUGAAAACUAUCAACUGGAAUAAGAUCCCUAAUCACAAGGUUGUAGGGAAGCACAACAUUUGGUCUCUAGUGGCACGUAGCCACCAGCACUCACCAAUGGCUGACCUAGAUUGGGCUGAAAUGGAAGGUUUGUUUUGCCAACAAGCUCCUCCCGCACCUUCAGCCCAGUCAUCACCUCGAUUAGGAAGAGAUCCACAAGACCCAGAUAGAAGGCGAAAAGAAUCAUCUGAGAUUGCUUUGUUGGAUGGUAAACGCAGUCUCAAUGUCAACAUAUUUUUAAAGCAAUUCAGAAGUUGCAAUGAAGAUAUCAUACAACUAAUUCGCAAUGGAGAACAUGAUGAUAUAGGGGCAGAGAAAUUGCGGGGUUUAUUGAAAAUUUUGCCAGAAGUAGAUGAAUUAGAAAUGCUCCGAUCAUUUGAUGGUGAUAAAGCUAAAUUGGGAAAUGCAGAGAAGUUUCUUCUACAAUUAAUAGAAGUUCCAAACUACAAAUUGAGAAUUGAGAGUAUGCUGUUAAAAGAAGAAUUUGCAGCAAACAUGGGGUAUUUGGAGCCAAGUAUUAAUGCUAUGAUUGUAGCUGGAGAAGAUGUAAUGAGCAACAAAUCUCUACAAGAAGUAUUGUACAUGGUUAUUGUCGCUGGCAACUUCUUGAAUUCUGGUGGAUAUGCUGGAAAUGCUGCUGGUGUCAAGCUCAGUUCUCUUCAGAAGUUAACUGAUAUUCGAGCUAACAAACCGGGAAUGAAUUUAAUUCAUUAUGUUGCCAUGCAAGCUGAAAAGAAGAGAAAAGAUUUAUUGAAAUUUCCAGAAGAAAUGACAGUCCUUGAAGAAUCAACAAAGACUACUGUAGAGCAGCUCCAAAAUGAAAUUAAUGCUCUAGACUCAAGAAUUAAAAAGGUUCGAAAGCAAAUUGAUCUCCCUUCUACCGAAAAGGAAAUAAAAUCUCAAAUGGGAGAAUUUCUACAGAUGGCUGAGCAGGAAGUUGCUGGCCUUCAGCGAGAUAUGGAGGAAUUGGAAGCUGUAAGAAAACAACUGGCUGAAUUCUUCUGUGAAGAUGUAGGCACGUUUAAAGUUGAAGAAUGUUUCCGUGUCUUACAUGGGUUUUGUGCCAAGUUUCGACAAGCUGCAAUGGAAAAUGAACGUCGACGGGUUCAAGAAGAACAGGCAAACAUGCGUCGUAGGCAACGAGAGGAACAACUUGCAGCUAAGAGAAGGCAGUUGAGUGGGCAGAUGGGCUUUAGUGGACCAGAAUCUCCAGAAUGUAACAUUGUUGACUCACUUCUGUAUGACAUUCGUUCUGGAUUUCCACAGAACAAACCUCUUGACAGAGAAACUAAGAUGAGAAGAAUGCAGAAUGGCAGCAUGACCUCUGAAGAGGAUGUGUCAACGACUGGUUCACCACUGGUCACUAGACGUCGAAUGGGAUCUUUCUCUGGUCCAACUGGUGACCAGGCUCCGGGAAAAGAAGACAAUUGCUCCCCAGAUGUAACACCAAAUGGAAGUUUACGUCGCCGGCGAAGCCGUGUACCAUCUGAAGAUGAUGAUUCUAACUUGAUGGACUUUCUGAGAUCAUCUGGUCAUGACGGCACACGUGAACGUAAAUCUUGGGGUAGUCUUGAUCGAUCAUGGGCAAGACGAGCUCGAGGAAGUGGGAGAAAAAGACCAGAAUUAUUGAGUGCAGAUUUCUCAGGGGAGAGAGAACGACCAAGUUCACCUUCUCCUUUAGCUGAAAGCAAGCCUUUGUUACCUGCAGGGGAUCAAGAAAGUAAACCAAAGGCUUGGCGUCAGAAGAUUGAAGCAUGGUUACAGGAAAACGAAAAGGAAGAAAAACAGAGUGAAGAACUGAGGAGGCGUUCUCGGAGAGUCCAGAGCAAUAGGCGUUCGCUCGAAGCAGAUUCAGAGAGUGAAGGUCGUGGGAGUACGCUGGACACUCUGCCAGAAGAGAAAUCUACCCAAGUGCAACCAAAUACCUACAAAAGGGUGUAUCCAGAUUGGCGCCCAACUAUUGAGAAAACAGAUGUUGUUGGUGCAAUGGAAGCUAUUGAAGAGGUACAGCCUCAAACUCCUGUAAAAGACAAAUCACCCUGGAGAAAAUCAAAUUUGAAUGUCGCCAACAGCCCAGAGGAAGCAGAAAUGGACAAUCGAAGAUUAAGAAGAAUGAGAUCAAGAGGCAGUAUUGACCUUGCAGGUCCAGCCAACCCACUUCAGGCUAUCAAAGAAGAAGACAAAAGAAAAAAUAUAAUUGAAACUUUAGGACAAAUACCAGCUGCUGAUCGUUUAACACUCUACUUAAGACGACCAAGUGAUGUGGGUGAAGGUGCUGAGGUAACUGCACCAACCAUGCCACCAGAAUCACCGACAUCAACAAGUGUUUCUUCACCUGCUCCGCCAGCUCGUAAACUUGGAACUGCAACGGAUUUAACAGAAAGUGGUACCAAUAGUACACCUAGUAGUCCAUUAUUGUCUCGAUCACAGCUCAUUCAAAAAUAUCGCCAUUCCAUGGAUGUACCUGAUGACUUUCUCAAAAAAAUAGUGGGAGAGAAGCCAGCCUCUCAAAAACCUGAAGAAGAACAGCCACCUCCUUCAGUGCCACGCCGCCUUCGUCGUGCUCGAGAGGAACCAACCUCCUGUGAUAGAAUAGAGAUUGAUUCUGACAAUGUAGAAACUCCUCCAGUUACUCGGAAACAUAUUUAUGCAAGAGAAUCCUCAGAAGACAGUAACAGAAAAACUUACAUCAGUGACACACCUAAAAGUAGCAGACAUACACGCCAUGUAGUUCUUAGUCCAGACACACCUUGCAAAAGAAUUCUUGAUGAAGAAAAGCGUACUGAACGAUAUAAUGAAGCAAAACUUGGUAGAAAUGUAGAUACAGUAACAAGCAGAGGUCAUGAUAAUAAUUCAGAGAAAAGAACAGGUGAUGAUGAAGAGAUCCUUGGUGAUGGGCAGUUCGAUCGCUUUUCAUCAGCUCGAAGAACAAGACGUUACAAGAAAAAUCAUGAAGUGGUUGAUAAGGAUCAUAAUGGUGGAGAUGAGCAACCUACAGUUAGAAUGACCGACAGUCCUUGUCCUGAAUUAGUACCUGAAAAGCAGGUUAUUAGACCUCAUGUUUUACAAGCAGAGUCACAACCUGUAAAUCCCAAUGCUGAAAAAUCAGAAGAUAAAGAAGCAAGAUUGAAAAAGUGGCAAGAUCGUCUUAAAUACAGAGGCAGAGGAGAAGAGGAUGAAGGAAGAGUUACUGAAGAAGCAAUAGCUCACAUCACGAGUGCUGGAGAAGAAUUACAGAAUCUUGACAAAAGUAUCAGCAAACAUAAACUUCGUUCAGAUGGCAAUAAUGAACUUGUGAGCAUCCCAGACGAAGUGCCUAAACCAAGAAGCAGGUUGAGUUCAGCGGCGCAUCGUGACCGUGUGAAAAGUAUGAUCGAGCCAAGACAAGUGGAAGAAGCUUUAAAAUUGAACAAAAAUUCUUCCAAAUAUUCAGAUAACAGAGGUGCAAACAUUAGAAGAAGUUUAAUUUUGAAAUCUGGUCAUGAAGGUGAAAAAAUGGCAUCUCAUUUACCAGUUAGAAGUACAGUUUUGUAUAAUCAAGAUGGUGAGAAAGAGGGUGAAGCAACCAAAGCUCCAAAUAAAAGUGAUUUUAUACCUGAAAUUCGUAUUCAAGCAUCUACCCCAAUUAAUAUAAAAUCUGCUAAUGCACGUCAUGAACAUGAAUUGAAUGAUGAAGGUUUUGAGGAGACACAGAGUCUUGUAUCUGAGACUUUAAGUCAAGGCACUUCCUCUGGUUGUAACUAUGAAAUUGAUAUUGUUGAUUCACCACAAGGAAAGUCAGGUGAGUACAAAUCAGGUUCCAAACGAGCUUCGACCAGUUUAGUUCGAGCUGACAGUAGUGGGAGCGGUGAUACAAGUAGCAGUACUAAUAUACCACAAGUGUCAUCUACUGUAUCAAAAUCCACAUCUCAUCGUUCAUCUCUUCUUUCAAAGCCAAUUGUGAGGAAUGGCAGCCUGAAAUAUGAAUCUGAAUCUGCUUCUAAACUGAGAGGAAAGAAAGUAGGAAGUGAUAUAAAUACUAGUGUCAUUGAGCAAAGAAAAAGUAGAGUAAGCAGUCAGGAGCCACAUAGAAGUAUAAUACCCUUGCGAUCAGCUAGCCUCAGGAAGACAAUUUCACAAACUAGUAUUAAUAAAUCUGGUGGUUCAUCUCCUCAAAAGAAGCGAGGUGUAGAAAGAUCAAAUUCUAGGAACAGUCUUCGUAGUUCCAGAAGUUCUCUCAAUAGUGCAGCUUCUGUUAACACUGUAAAGAAUGCCCCUCCACUUUCCAAAUCUUCAAGCCGAUCUAGUGUAGGUGGAUCAUCUCGAGCAAGUAGUAAAUUAACAGGAUAUACAACAGCUAUUAAAGCAUUAACUACUAACCUAGGUAAAGAAUCAGGAGAACCAAAGCCAUCAAAAUAUAGAUAUCAGGGAAGCUCUGACAGAAGUAUUUCCAAAAAACCUUUAGCACCAGUACAACUUAAAACAUCCACUUCUGGUCAACGUUCAGUGCCAGCCAGUCGUAGCUCUAGUAGUGGCAGCAGUAUUGGACCAACUAUUCGUAGACCACGAGUUACAACUGGAGUUAGCACCAGCUUUAAAGAAAAUGCCAAAUCUGCAGGUCAUCAGGUUUCUGAAUCAUCUAUACCAGCCAGUCGUAGUUCAAGCAGUGGAAGUAGUAUAGGGAAUAUAGUGCGUAGGCCAAGAGCCUCCGUGACAGCAAAUACUAGCUUUAAAGAAAAUUCAACAGGCAGCAUUAGUACAAGACAAAAUUCCCAGCGAGGAAUGAGCUUCAUGAGACCAACUGCAGCUAGUGCAGCUAAAGACACUGUGACUACUAAAGAAGCAGGUGAUGUAGCUAACAGCAAGCCUCGUGUCAGUACACGAACUGUAAAAUAGAUAUGUGAAAAGGCUUUAACAAUUAAAAUUGGAAAUAAUUGAGGAUAUUAUUGCCAAAAUUGGGGGAUAUAAUUUCCAUUUGUCAAGGCAAUAUUCAUCAUCACUGUUAAGAGCAACUACAUUAGUGCACGAGACAGAAUUCUGUGUUAAUCAGUGUGGUUUCUCACAGCAUUUGCUUUGUUGAUUGUUAGUGGACAAUGCUGUAAUAAAAUAUUGUAUAAAGAGUUAGUUGAGAUGAAUGAAUCUCAUAUUGUCAUAGAUAUUUCAUUUGAGAAGUGUUGACACUGAUAAAUGUUCCAAUAUAAGUUUUGUUGUAUACAUUUAUAUAUUUGUGGGAAAAAUUUGAUGUCCUUAUUGUAAUAUACACAUAGGCAUGCCUUAACGAUAGUAACAGUCUCACAUCUUACCAAAAUGUAACUUUACUUAAAAAGCAUAGAACUAAGUAUUUUAUUGGUGUAAAUUGUAGGAAUUACAUCACACAUUAUUAAUUUUAACAAAUCUUAACAAAUGUGAUAGAUAUAUGUAAUUUUAAUUUUUUUCCUGGCAUAUAAAAUAAGACAGUAAGCCUUCCAAUUAAACCUUUACCAAACAUAAAAUAAAUAUAUAAAAUUAUUUCUCUAGUCAGUUUCUUCAUGGGGAGAUUGAUUCACAAUCAAAAUAUGUAUAUCUUAUUUCUGGUUUUCAUCCUGGCAUAUACAACUAGUAAAUUAUUACCAAUAUUAUUGGUAGGCUUGCUGUUUUUUGUUGGCUAACAUGACAAUAUUUUUUCUUAUUCUCACAGAAUGAGAUCACAAAUGCAAGAGUUUUUUUAAAUGAUGCAAUGGCAGAAGAACUCAUUCAAUUUUUUAUGUCAGUACAAAUAUUUAAUUAAAAUGUAACAUUUUGAAUCUCUUGAAUUAUGUUAAAAUAUUAUACAGAUUUUGAGAAGGUAUUGUUUUCAAAUUAUUUAUCAUGAAAACAUUGUUAUUAUGUUAAACUAAUGUUAUAAGAGCUGUGUCUAAUCUCUAAUCUGCCUUGAAAGAUCUUUGUGAUGCAGGUCAUAAUGAUGUCUGUGAGAAAAAAAAAGGUUUCGCAAUUAUAUAAUUAAGUGAAAUGAAAAUGUGCAAUAUUGCAAGAAUUCAGUGCCUUGUUGUGGAAGAUAGUAUGUACUCAAGAAAGGAAUUUGUAUUUUUGUAUUUACUCUGUGAAUAAUAGGAACGACAAAUAUAUAAAACAUGAAAUGUGCCCCAAAUUAUAAUUUCUGAGCAACCAUUUAAUGAAAAUAUGAAACUGUUGGACCCUUUAACCCCUUUAACUUUUUUUCAAGUGUCCUUUGCAUCUUAAUUAACAAAAAAUGGGAGCAUAUCUUAUGAUGAUGAGAAAUGUAUUUGUUAAAAUGAUUCCUUAAAAAUUAAUGGCACAAUCUAGUUAGUACCAAGCAUUACAUUUAAUAAUAUUCUGUACACAAAACUUAGGCCUUCUAAAGAUGAGAUAAGUGUAAAUAAGAACAUAGUUUACAAACAUGUCAAGACAUUAAAUAAAUGAUUAAAUUGGUACAUGAUUUAAACCUGCGGCGGGAACGUGAAAAAUCCUGA